GGAGGGGUGUGUGUCUGUUGCCAGGCGCCCAGGUUCCGCAGGCACUUGCCGCAGCUAUGCUGCUAGCACAGUCCUUCCUGCUGGUGCUGCUCCUGCUGGCCAUGCCUGCCCCCACCCACGCCUGGUCACGGCCCCUGUGGUACCAGGUGGGGCUGGACUUACAGCCCUGGGGGUGCCAACCAGACAGCAUGGAGAGUUGCCGGGAAAGCCUGGGCUGUCCCGGCCAUUUGAUGGGCCUGGGGGUGAACUAUGUCUACCCCGUGGCUGGAGUCACGGUCACCACUACCAUGAUGCUGAUGAUCGGCCGUGCGGUGCAGCGGCGAUGGCGUUUACGGGUUGCUAAGUUUGAGCAUCCACAGGUGACUACUGAUCCCUCUGGACCCUGGAAACAGCGGACCCCUAUGUCAGACCGUGCCUUACUCCUCGGGGUCCUGCACAUGCUAGAUGCCCUCCUGGUCCACAUCGAGGGCCACCUGCAGCAUCUAGCCACUCAGCAACGAAUUCAAAUAAAGGGGACUCCCUCCCAGAAUGGGUGACCCAACAUAUGCCUCUCUUUGCCUGGUGGUCAGUCGGGGUGGGGAUGGCCUGAGGCUCUGGACCAGGCUUGGGCCUGUGUGUCUGUUCUCUCCAGGCCUGCCUGGACCCUAUGUCCCCUUUCUACUUUUAGAGCCAGCAGACUUAUUGAGGCCUCAGUGCCCAGAAUGGGUGGGCAGGUGGGGCCCAGGCUGGCUCACACUGCUCCAUUGCCCCCACCAACUGACUCCUCCUCCCUAAGGAUCCCACCCACAAAUACAGCUGCUCCUCCGGGGCCUCCAGUGUAGUGGGAGAAGACUUGACCAUCAGGGCAGACUUGGGUGGUCCAGGGAGGGCUGCCCAGAGGUGAUAACUUGGCUGAGUCACUAGAACUCCUGGUUGGGGCUGCAGCCUAAGCUGGGGGU